CGUAUCCGGUUUUUGUACCAGUUCACGUGUAUUUCAUCUUAUCAUAAUAUUCUUGUAUUCACCUCAUCACGUCGGAUUUUCAGUUGAAUUUUGUAUGUGUGCGUGGAACUAUGUCCAUCAAUUCGUGAACCUUGCAGUUUGGUGUGGAUGUUGUGAUUUAGUAUCGUUUAAUUAUUACUAAAGUGAGUUCGCCUAUUGCUGAAAUUUUAUGUGGAACUUUUAGCUAGGUAUUUGAUAUUUCAUUUAGUAUUGAAUAAGUGCGUUUCUGAAAUGAAACUUUUGACAGUGUUGUUCUAAGCUCCCUCCAUUUUUCGAUUCAGUGGCGAAGAAUUUAUUUUGAUUUUAUACAUAGUUAGAUAAUUGUGCUCUGAAAAAAUUAAAUCGAAGAUUUCGUCGACGAUUAUGAUGAUUCGGUGAGAAUUGUUUCGAAAAUUUCCAAUAUCCAGUAUCUUUUUGAUGAAAACCGAAAACAAGAGGGAGUAGAAACAACAAGUAGUGAAUAAAAAUCUCACAGAGUUGCUUCGGUUUGCAUUUUUAUGUGUUUUUCCACUACCUACUUCAGCUUACGUGCUGAUUUGGUUUCACCCGGCUAGGAUGUAGGUAAGGCUUAUUUACUCGUAUAAAUGGUGUUUUUUUCCUUAUUUCUUGCCCCCUCCUCUGAAUGUUGCCACCACGGCCGAAAAAUGUUUAAUAAUUUUUUUAAAACUGCCUUGAGAAUUAUCAAAAUGAGCUGAAAUUUCGCGAUAAAAACGAAAAUGUCAGUGAUUUUAUUUUUUGAGGCCCUCCAAAAGAAUAAGGCCUAGAAUUUUACGUAUCAAAAAUUUCGCGAGAAAAACAAAAAUGCCAACGAUUUUACUUUUUUAUGUAACUAGGCACAAAAAGUUUUGAGUUAAAAUUCCACGCGGACAACUAAAAUUUCAAAAUUCCAAUUUUUCAUGUUGAGCAAUCGUAAAGACUGAUUAUUUUAGCCAAAUGUAAAACCAUACGCAUAAAUAUGUACCUACUCGUUUCAAAACUAGUAAUGAGCAAAAAAAAAUGAAAAAAAUUGAUAAAAUUAGAAAAAAGCCUUUGUUUGGGGGGGGGGGGUUCCUGAAAAAACUUCUCUAUAAAUCCAUUUAUAGAGAAGCAAAAUUUCUGCUCUUUUUUGUAUUUUUUUUUUGUAUUUUUUUGGAAAGAAAGAAUGGUAAAAUCUUUUUACUUUUUUUUCAAGGAAGAAUAAAUUGUUUUCCUUAUUUUUUUAAGUAAAAAAAAAAUAAUAAUAAUAAUAAAACGGAGAAAGUUUUUUCUUGAGAAGGGGAUGAGAAAAAAGAAGAGCGAAAAAAAGAAAACCUUUUUCUCCCCCUCCACCCUAAAAAAUUUUACUUUUCAAUUCUUCACCUUUUUCUCUCUCUCAAAAAAAAAAAAAAAAAUACCUAGAAGAAAAAAAGAACCCAUCUCUUCUUUCCCAAAAAAGUACUCGAAAAAAAUGAUUUGCAAGAGAAAGUUCUUUCAAAAAAUCUAAACAAAAAUUUGAAAAAAAGAAUGAGUUUCUGGAAUGAAAGAAUAAUAAAAGAAGGGUUUCCUGUGCCUCAAACAAAAAUUCAAUAUAGUUACCUAGAAAAAGACAGAAAAAUCGAAAAAUUGAUUUUAUUUAUUUUAAAGAAAGAUUUCGUUUCUUUUCCUUGUUUUUUUCUAAAAGUAGUGAAAGGCAGAACGCAGAGUAAAGAAAAUUUUUAAAAAAGAUAGGAGCAGAGAUGGUGUUCCGAAUACAAUCCUGAUCUCUGACCCUGAAAACGUAACCCGAAACAGAACCCGAUCCCUUGAACCCUGAACCUGAACCUUAACCUUAACCUGAACCUGAACCUGAACCUGAACCCGAUUCCAUGAAGCUGAGCCUGGAAACUUUGAUCCCGAUCAUUAUUCGGCAUAUUUUGGGUUCAAUGUCAGAACUGCUGGGAAUAAAAUUUGGAUUGAUAAAAAUACACAAAUUGGAAAAAUUUUCAGUGAAUUUUUUCAAACGAGAGGGGGCUCAUUUUUUUACAAAAUAGUUUUUUUUUUUUUUUUUAACAAAGAACAAGAAAACUGCGUUUUAAAAUAAUUUGAAAUGAGGUGUUCCCAAACAUUAUUAUCUAGGCAUUAUUGGAACCACUGAAUACAAUUUUUCGGAUUUUGUUUCAACUCUAGAAGGUAGAAGGGUAGGUAGUUAUGAAUCCUGAAUAAGAUUUGAAAAAUUUAAAGUACCGGGAGCUGUAGAGUGAAUCUCAGAUCAAUAAAAAUUGAAGAUUUGAAUUUGAAAUUUUUGGCUUUUUUAUUCGAGCCCAUUUGGCCACAUUGAAACUUGGAUUUUUGUAAUUUAAAAAAAAAUGUAAGUACGAUCUUUUUUUUAUACAGCUCAAAUUGAAAUUUCAGUACAUACUUUAAAGGUAAGAUUUGCUAUUCAUUUUUUAGACCGAUCAGUUCACAAUUUCACGACGGUUAAAGGCAAUAAAGAAACUUUUCAUGAAAAAUAAUUGCCUGUAUAAUUCUGUAUCUAUUCUGUGUGUCUCGAUUUUUAUAGCCAGCAAAAUUUAUGCCAAAAUCAUCACAAAGAGGCAGAGAAAAAAACUGAACCUGAACCCGAUCUGAUCCUUAAUGAUCCCGAUUGUUGUUAGGUCCUAAACUGAAAUUGAACCUGAACCUUAACCUUUAAACCCUGAACUAGAACCCUGGCCAUCGAUCCUGAUACUUCAUAUAGUGAACUCGGAUACUUAGGUACCUGAUCUGUGAUCCCGAACCCAUCCCUGGACAGGAGAGGAAAAGCUCCCUUCUCUGCAAAAAAAAAAAAAAAAGAACAGAACAGAAAGAAAAAAAUGAGAGAAAAAAAUAAACCCUUCUCUUUCUUUACCAUCCACCCAAGCACAAGGCAUGCAUAAAAAUCUAACAAGUAUUUCACCGUCAACGUGAACUUUUAUUUUUUUACUCGCAAAAUUAUUAGGUUUGCAUUGAAACAGAGUCGAUUCCAGAACUAUACAAAUGGCUGAAAUCAAUUCCGGAGUGUAUGAUAUUUUCCAUCCGAGUCCAGUAUCUCUAAAAGACCUAUCAGCGAUCGCCGUUAGCCAAGAAAUAUGGCGCUGUCAAGUGAUAAAAAUUUGUUCUUGUGACGAUACAUUGGAAGAAUUUGAUCCAGCCGUUGAAAAUAUCUCAUUGGAAACUGUGCUGCCUGAUUUACCAUCCACCAUACGCGAUUUGAUUGAUAAAUAUGUGACGAAAUUUGGAUUUUCGUUGAGUUACUGGCUGCAAAGUCAUCACGAUAGGGUAUUUUAUUUCCAUUACGGCCAACAUAACCGUGUAUUGAAACACUUCAAAGCUUUCGUUUGCGAUUGCAGUGGACUUAUUCAUUAUAUAAGGACAGCCGAACGCAUGAUGCGUUGUAAUCGAUUUGACGCGCAUCGAAAGUUCAUAAUUGCUUGUACGUAUUUUUUCGAGGACGAUAUCAGACGACUUUGGCCAUUAGUAUUGAACGAGAUGAACUUGAGUUUUUUUCAUUUUUCCAAGAGCCCUCAUCUGUAUUAUUGGAUUUGUUGUCUGAAAAAUGAAUUAGAUAAAAUACCAACCUCACGCUGGGACAACUGUGUCGAUGAAGUAAUGUUGACUAAAACCAUGACUCACAACAGACCAUCUGUGGAGUAUUUUUGGAAUCGUAUUCCAACGGAAAGCAGAAUACGAAAGGCCUGUAGCAUUUUCCAAUCUGACGUACAAUCUUUUGUUCGGUACAUUUUACCAAAAUUGAACGAUCAACAGCUCGAUAAAUUCGUUAAUGAAAGCAGUUUUGAUUUAAUGCGUUCUCUGUGCCAAAAUGCUUGGUAUGAUAAAGACUUCAUUCUUUCAACUUGGAUGCAAAUUCGGGACAUAAUAAAGGAAAGUACUUUUACGAAUGAAGUCACGAACGUACUGCAAUCUGAGAAUAGGGAUAUAAUGUUAUUUAGAUCAAAUAACAUCUUCAUCAACUAUAACGAUCAAGAUGAUUGUUUUCGCAAGAAUUGGUUCGAUUUAUGUUGUGAAAUGUGGAACAGUGCUCCACAAAUGUUGAAACGUUCAGCAAUUGAAGAAAUUACAUCUAAUAACAAUUUGUUUGUAAGCUUACCAGAGUGGGAUCUUGAUUAUAAACCUCCACCUCAGCCGAAAGAUUUCAAAUUUCUUUCGACUUUUCUAUCCUCUGCCACUUACGAAAAAAGAAGAACGUUUUGGUCCGAUUGCUGGAAACAUUUAAUUAAAGGCACACGAUGCAGAGAUUUCCAAAAAAUAAUGAACCUAUGUUUCGAAAGCGAAGACGAGAUAAUCCAAUUCAAGGAGAAUGUCAUGGCCAAUAGCGAAGAGUUCCUUCAGAUCUGUGACUCAUUCCUAAGAGAAUUGCAUGUCGACGAAUUGAAUGAAUUUGUGAGUCUUUCAAGGCCAGAAAUACAAGCGGCGAGAAUUUUCAAACAGAAUUUACUGCAGUCUGUUUUUUUCGGCCAACGACCCGAAUUUAGUCAAAAGAUAAUCGCGAGGUCGACAGAAUUCAACGAUUUCAUCAACGAGGCUUAUAACGAUACCGAUCUCUCGCUGCAGUUUAAAAAUCAACUUAUAUCGUCCAGUUUGGUUCAAAAGAUGUUAACCCAGACGGCUUUACUCGUUCCUAUAGAAAAGUUUGCAGAAUUUAUGGAUGCAUUUGUUACCAAUGAACAAAGUCUGCAGCAGAUAAAAAAGCGAAUUGUUAAUGAACUGGGAGAUGAGGUGGGCUGUGGAGUUGUGUUUCUAUCUGCUGUCUCUUCACUUGCAUCGUGGUGUUUGGAAGACGAAGAACAAGCUUCACAAUUUAUGAUGAAUUUAAUGAACUAUGAAUGAUGACAGUAAUAAUAAUGAAUGAUGGAAUUACUUAAUGAAGAUGACCUGUUAGCAUAUGAGAGUAUAGUUAUAGUCCAUCUUUUAAUGGUUUCAGGUGAAUGGAUUUUAUUGUAAUGUUUUUGUUUUGUGUAGCCAGAUUUGUUUUUAGUACAUUUUUCUCAGUUUAUUCAAAUUUUACUGUACGUUUUUUGUUUCCUGUUUCUAUUUCUUAAGCAGAUAUAGGUUUAGGUACUAUCUAAUGUAAGAAUGUGACAGGUACCUACUUGGAAAAAAAAACACGCGCGCACAAUCGAAUUAUGAGUCAUCAGUCACUCUGAAAAUUGAGGCGAUUCUUCAAAAAUAGUCUACUAAAAUAUAAUAAUGUGGAUUUUCAUAUCCAAAUUCAUACUCGUACAUUCAGA